AUGGGAAUUGAGGAUAACAACAUGAGAAACGGCAGAGGCCUGUCUGAUCAAUGGGCCGACAGCGUAGUGGUCCGGCCCAGGACAACCGAACGGCACAUCACCGUGCACAAAAGACUGGUGCUGGGAUUUGCUAUCUCCAUACUCACGCUUAUCAUCGUUACGGCCGUUGCGGUGUUACUCAGCGUCAGGUUUGAGAACUGCGCCGGGGAGAGCGGCUCACGGGCUAGCAACGGGUCGAACACCAAGUCUAAUCAGUCUCGGGACAGUAAUUCCAAUCACAAAGAUGAAGAUGCCCAGCCAUGGCGACAUUUGAGAUUACCAACGUCUUUGCGUCCCCGCCACUAUGACCUCAAGCUCUCAGUGUACAUGGACAACUUCACUUUCUCCGGGGAAGUUAACAUUGAAUUUGAGUGCGUGAACUCCACUAAGUUUGUCGUGCUGCAUACUGACAGGCUUGAGGUGGAGAAAGUUGUAGUUUAUUCGGAUAAUAAAAAGCCGGGCGUCAUGAGAAUACAUCGUCAGUUUCACUAUCCGUCCAACCAAGUUUAUGUCAUUGCUUUGCACAGAGAAAUGAAGCCUCACAGAACCUACAAAGUCAAUAUAACAUUCGAAGCACAAAUUGAAAACGAACUUUUGGGAUUUUUCCGUAGCUCAUACUUAUUGCACGGGGAAAGAAGGUUCCUAGCGGUGACUCAGUUCUCUCCAACUCAUGCCAGAAAGGCCUUUCCAUGUUUUGAUGAGCCCAUCUAUAAAGCCACCUUUAGGGUAACCUUGAGGCAUGAAGGCUCCUACCUGUCCCUCUCUAACAUGCCUGUGGAGGCCUCUUACUCUGAUGAGGAUGGAUGGGUGACAAACCAUUUCUCCAGGACACCCCGAAUGUCUACAUAUUACCUGGCAUGGGCAGUGUGCAACUUCACUUAUAUAGAAACACUCACAGACAGUGGUGUAGUGAUCCGGCUAUACGCCAGGCCCAACGCCAUCGAGAGUGGAUCAGGAGACUACGCGCUGCAGAUCACAAAGAGACUGCUUCAGUUCUAUGAGGAUUACUUCAAAGUCAAAUACUCCCUGCCCAAAUUAGAUCUCCUAGCUGUGCCAAAACACCCAUAUGCAGCCAUGGAAAACUGGGGCCUGAGUGUUUUUGUGGAACAGAAGAUCCUCCUAGACCCAGAGGUCUCCUCCUCUUCCUACCAGAUGGAGCUCACCAUGGUGGUGGUGCAUGAGAUCUGCCAUCAGUGGUUUGGAGACUUGGUCACGCCAGUGUGGUGGGAGGAUGUGUGGCUGAAGGAAGGAUUUGCCCAUUUCUUUGAGUAUGUUGGAACUGACUUCCUUUUCCCAAAGUGGAAUAUGGAGAAGCAGCGUUUUCUGACUGAUGUCCUGCAUGAGGUGAUGUUGUUGGAUGGGCUGGCCAGUUCCCACCCUAUCUCUCAGGAGGUGUUUGAGGCCACAGACAUCGAUAGAGUCUUCGACUGGAUUGCCUAUAAAAAAGGGGCGGCCCUUAUCCGGAUGUUGGCUAAUGUCAUGGGACAACUAGUAUUCCAGCGGGGUCUGAAUGAUUAUUUGAUGACACACAUGUAUGGUAAUGCAGCGAGGGACGACUUGUGGAACAAGUUCUCUGAGGCCAUGCAGAAAGAGGGGAAGGACAUUAACAUUAAAGAGGUGAUGGACCGCUGGACGUUGCAGAUGGGCUACCCCAUAGUCACCAUCAGCAACAAUGAAAGCCUGGAAAACACCGUCACCAUUACCCAAGAGCACUUUGUCUAUGACAUGGAUGCCAAACUCCACAACCCAGAACUGUUCAACAAAAGCUUUCAGUGGCAAAUCCCUUUAACGCUGGCUGUGGGAAAUUCCAGUCACAUAUCCUCUGAGACAAUUAUUUGGGUCUCUAAUAAAACAGAGACACACAAAGUGGGAAAGCUGGACGAAGAGACUUGGUUGCUGGGCAACAUCAAUCAGACAGGCUACUUCAGGGUGAACUACGACCUCCACAACUGGAGACUUCUUAUCGAGCAGCUGAUGACCAAUCCCACGAUUAUCUCUGUGGGCAACAGGGCUGGUCUUAUUGACGACGUCUUCAACCUGGCCAGAGCUGGAUACCUGCCUCAGAAUGUGCCUCUGCAGAUCAUCCGCUACCUGCCCCAGGAGAAGGAGUUCCUGCCCUGGCAUGCAGCCAGCCGAGCACUGUACCAGCUGGACAAGCUACUGGAUCGCACCGAGGACUACAGCCUCUUUAGUGCCUAUGUGCUGAAACAAGUAGCUCCAAAGUAUCAUAAGAUGGGCUGGCCAACCACCUCCUCUGACGGCUCCUUCAUUCAAGCAGCCUAUCAAACUGAAGAGUUACAGAGAGAGGUGAUCAUGCUGGCCUGCAGUUUUGGGAACAAGCACUGUCACCAGCAAGCUAUGGCUCUCAUCUCUGAAUGGAUCUCUUCCAACAAGAACAGGAUUCCUCCCAAUGUGAGGGAUAUUGUCUACUGCACUGGCGUGUCCCUGAUGCAUGAAGAUGUGUGGGAGUUCAUCUGGAUGAAAUUCCACUCUUCCACUGCUAUUUCUGAGAAGAAGGUCCUUCUGGAGGCCUUGACCUGCAGUGAUAACACCUUCUUGCUCAAUCGGCUGCUGAAUCUUUCUCUGAGUUCUGAUUUGGUGCCAGAUCAGGAUGUGAUAGACGUCAUCAUACACGUGGGUCGCAAUCCACAUGGAAGACACUUAGCCUGGAGGUAUUUCAGAGAGAAGUGGGACAUUUUGAAUUCAAGGUAUGGAGAGGCUUUAUUCAUGAAUUCUAAAUUAAUCAGCGGAGUGACUGAAUUUCUGAAUACAGAGUCAGAGCUCAGUGAGCUGAAGGAAUUUAUUCAGAGCAGUGGUGGAGGAGCUGCAGCAGCAUUUGCCAGGGCUGUGGAGAUAGUGGAGGCCAAUGUGAAGUGGCACAGUCUCUACGAGAAGCAGUUCUACCAGUGGCUGAGGAAGUCUCCCAAUGGUUAA